AUGUGAAGUGUAAACCAAGCUUGGUGGGCAUUGUGCACAACCCCGAAAACGACGACGUUUCAUGUAAGUUUUCCUACACGCCCUUCUAAUCUUCAGUGAUUCCUCACUGUGCUUGCCGCCCCACUCUGCUUCUCCCUCCUUGCUCCCUUGUCCUCACCAUGUGAUUGAGAAGCCAUGGCGAUGACAAUAUCUGCUCGCCUCUGUUCAACCCAAGCCUGUAGCUUUUCUCUGUUCGGUCUCACUACGCGUACUCGUCCGCGCCUUCAAACUCGUCGUCAAUCGCUUCCAUUAAGUUCCUCCACGAGCCGAAUUCACCUGCCGAAACUGAAAUUUUCGGACGGGUUCCCGGGAUUUUCUGCAAAAAAUUUGGGGUUUUCUUUUGGCAGGGGACUAAGGUUGUGUGCAGGUGCGGAUAAUGGGGAAGGAGGGAGCCGAAGCAGUGUUGACGAAGUUGAAGAAGCCCGAGGGCAGAGCACUAUGCCCGAACGGUUUAGGCAUUUGGCCAAGGAAGCUCCUGAUCGACCUAUUAGAUGGCCUUGGUUCAUAGUACUGGCAUUCCUUUUAUAUGCAUGGAGAACAGUUUUGUGGGAACUAUAUAACUGGAGGAAGGCUGUACUUGGUAUCUUCAGUUUCAUGGGAUACCUCUUUAAACUUGCCCUAGCAUUUAUUUUCCAUUUUAUAGGUGAUCCAAUCACUUCUUUUAUCAGAUGUAUUGAGGAUGCAAUCUACACUGUUCGAUCUUUCUACUCUAGUGUAGUGGCAUAUGCUCCUGUUUCAGAGCUGACAGUGAUCAUUGUGCUAGCAUCAGCAGUGCUUGCUGUUGCAGAAGCCACUGCUCCAGAGUCUGUAAACAGCCAACCAUAUCUUCUUACAGUAUCUGGUCUAGUUGGCUUUGCAGCUGUGAAAGGCUUUGUUUCCGAACUGCUCUUUUGGCUGCUUUUGUUGGGCCUGUUUGGUUUUGCACGGUUUGUUAAGAAGAGAGAUUAUGUUUCGUCUGUGCUGCCUGCAGCGGCUGUGCUAGCUGCGAUUGGAGAGCCUUGGAUUAGAGUUGUUGUGAUGAUCUUGUAUACUGCUUUGGCCAUUUCUCACCAUUCAAAGAGGCGCUCAGAAGGAAAUGAGAAGCGUGACAUUGCAACAUCUGCUGGGAGGCCUCCUUUGCCGUUGCUUGGUGUGGCCUUGGCCAUUGGUAUCCAUCUUGCUGUGAAGUGGGCUGGGUACAGGCACUUGACAUGGAUGAUAGUAUGACUGGCUUCUAUUCUUCGGUUGGGGAAUCAACAUGUGGCCCAUGAUGCUGUAAAUGUCGUUACUCUCUGUUUUACAUGGUUUAUGUAGUUGAGACUUGCAGUGGCUAUUUAAUAUAUAUUUAUAUUUUGGUUCUUGCAAGAAUUGACUCGAGUGGGUGCUCAAAUUUUCUUCUGAACUUUUCUUUAAACCAUUUUUUGGAGACUAUUUGAGUGAAACAAUAAUUAUAUUCUACAACAUUUCUAUAGAGAUGUCAACUAUGACUAUGGAAUUUGCAUUCAAUUUUAUGGAGGAUUUGUUGAAAUUUUGAAUCA